AAGAAAAAUUGGAUUUCUUUAAUGACCGGAAAAAAAGGUCGUUACUUUGGGUGUUGUAAUCGAAGAGAGAGAGAGAGAGCCCAUAGAGAAACCAACCCAAGAACCACUUCGGCUGCAACCACUCACCCAUAUCACUUAUUCUCGUAUAAAUCCAAAUCAAGAACUGGCAUCUGUCUAAUGCGCUUAAAUUUUGAUGGUAAGGAGAUGAUUGAAGAUCCAGAGACAUUUUCAUUUUACCAAAAUCCAAACUAGAGGGUGAAAGAUGUAUAGCAGUGGCACUAAAGGAUCGAAUAACCGGGUAUCUAGUAAAGUGUCUGGAUCAAGAAUUCCAACUUUAUUGUUCUCUAUGUUUGCCACCUUCGCUUCCAUUUAUGUUGCUGGUAGAUUAUGGCAGGAUUCAGAGAACAGAGUUUAUUUGAUUAAAGAGCUUGAUAGGAUAACAGGGCAGGGAAAAUCUGCUAUUUCAGUGGAUGAUACAUUGAAAAUAAUAGCCUGCAGGGAGCAACAAAAAAAGUUAUCAGCACUUGAGAUGGAAUUGGCUGCAGCUAAACAGGAGGGUUUUACUUCAAGCUUCGUAGCAGAUAAUGAUGGGAUGAAACCGAAGAAAAGGCAUUUAGUAAUAAUAGGAAUACUGACAAGGUUUGGCAGAAAAUGGGUUCAUGACCAACUCUUUGUUCUUUCAGGUAUAACCUUGAGCAAAAUGGAGAAUGAGAAGGGUAUAGUUGCACGUUUUGUUAUUGGAAGAAGUGCAAAUCGUGGAGACAAUUUGGAGAAGGCUAUUGACAAUGAAAAUAAGCAGACUAAUGACUUCAUCAUUCUUAAUAAUCAUGUGCAGGCAACUGAUGGGCUUCCCAACAAGGCUAAACUAUUUUUUGCUCAUGCUGCGGAUAAAUGGGAUGCUGAGUUCUAUGCUAAAGUCAAUGACAAUGUUUAUGUUAAUAUUGAUGCCCUUGGAACUACACUAGCAAAUCAUUUGGAUAAGCCUCGUGUUUAUAUUGGCUGUAUGAAAUCAGGUGAAGUUUUCUUUGAACCGAGUCAUAAAUGGUAUGAACCAGAUUGGUGGAAGUUUGGCGAUAAGAAAUCGUACUUCCGCCAUGCUUCUGGUGAAAUGUAUGUCAUAUCGCGAGCUUUGGCUAAAUUUAUAUCAAUAAACAGAUCUAUUCUUUGCGCUUAUGCACAUGAUGAUAUCAGUGCUGGAUCCUGGUUUAUUGGGCUUGAUGUCAAACAUGUAGAUGAAGGGAAGUUUUGCUGCUCAUCUUGGUCAUCAGGAGCUAUUUGUGCAGGUGUUUGAUUUGAUUUGCUUCCAUAUUUUGAUAAAAAAAUAGAAAAGGUCUGAUCUGAAUAACCCCUUUACUUUUCAAAUGGUUGCUGGAUUGAACUCCAUCAGUGACAAAGAUUGAUUUGCUUGUAUAGAACAUUCGUCCAGUUACGUUUUGGAUACACUAAACACACUGUGGAUGCGAGAUUCAAGAAUCCACACAAACUGGAGAUUCAAGAAUCCACAUAAACUGGUGGAGUCGGGCAUAUUCGUCAUACAUAUUAAUGAAAAUGCUGCAAUUCUUUCAUUUGUUUGGACAAAUAUACGAUGAUUUAGUCUUAGGAGAUAAUACCAUUAGUGGAAACCUUUUUCUUUUUGUUUUUUCUCCGGCGCAUUAGAGAAUUUUACGUGGAAGGCCAGGACUGUUGGCAUGGUUUCAACCCUGACCUCAUAUAGUAUGAAUCAGAAUAGCAAUGAAACAUCUUGCAAGUCUUGCUGCACAUUCUUUCCUGCUGGACUAAUUAGCUCUUAAAGUGUAAUUGGCUUGUAAUGUCUAAUAAAACCUACAUUGUCCUUUACUUCCCGUGUAAAAUAUUUUCGAUGAUUUUAAGUUUAGCGCCGAAUAUCUUUGUAUCAAAAGCUCAAGAAGAUGUAACCUGGUGAAAAGUAAGGCUAAUGCCACAUAUAUAAAAUAAUCCAUGAAAUGACAUUUUUCUCAAA